GGGGUCCCGGGUGGGCGCGGGGAGGAAGGUGGGCGCGGGGAGCGAGGUGGACGCGGGGUCCCGCGAGGGCGCGGGGAGCAAGGUGGGCGCGGGGUCAAGGUGGGCGCGGGGAGCGAGGUGGACGCGGGGUCCCGGGUGGGCGCGGGGAGCAAGGUGGGCGCGGCGUCCCGGGUGGGCGCGGGCAGAGAGGUGGACGCGGGGAGGGAGGUGAGGCGGGGAGGACCGGGUGGUCACGGGGAGCAAGGUGGGCGCGGGGAGCACGGUGGUCGUGGGGUCAAGGUGGGCGCGGGGAGGAAGGUGGUCGUGGGGUCAAGGUGGGCGCGGGGAGGAAGGUGGGCGCGGGGAGGGCUGGGUGGUCACUGGGAGCAAGGUGGGCACGGGGAGGAAGGUGGGCGCGGGGAGCAAGGUGGACGCGGGGUCCCGGGUGGGCGCGGGGAGCAAGGUGGGCGCUGGAAGGAAGGUGGACCCUGGGAGGAAGGUGGCGCGGGGGUCAAGGUGGGCGCGGGGAGGAAGGUGAGGCGGGGAGCAGGGGGGGCUCCAGGAGCAAGGUGA